CUUAACGUAAGCCUGUGAGGAGCCUUGACAUCGACUUCCUGCGUGAGUCGCGUCGGACGAGCCGAGAUGAGCGCAAGCAAGGACGACCCUCGCCCUGCACGAAUAUCCUACCGCUACCCUUCUCCGGGCUCGUCCCAAGUCGCCGACGAGACGCGUGAACGUCGACAGCGCCAAGGCGAACACGGCCUGCUUCCUCUAGACGGCAUCUUACUCCAUAGUGAACCCAUCUGCGCAGGAUGGAAUGCUCUGAUGGGUCAAAUCAGACGCGGCACGACAAUGCCACCCUUGCUCAUCGAAGUACUCAUCCUACGCGUGGCCGUACUCAAUGAAGCCACUUUCGAAUGGGAAGCACACUUGCAAGAUGCUCACAAGGCCGGUAUUACCUCUGAUCAGCUUCACAAAGUCCGCCAGAUUGAGCUCAAGCGUGAUGAUACUUUUGAGCCGGCCUACUGGGCAGCCUUGGCCAUUGCGGAUGCGUCAACUCGUCAUGUCAAAGUACCACAAGAGACCUUUGAUGAGCUCAAAUCGCACUUUGAUGAGAGAGAGUGCGUAGAGAUCAUGGCAACGAUCGCAUCUUACAAUAUGGUCUCUCGCUUCUUGGUUGCUUUCAAUGUCGAUGGAGCCAAUGCAAGGUCACUGCCAUGAUAGUGUU